AUAUCUCGAAUGGAGUAUGUGCAUUCGAAGAACCUCAUCUACAGAGAUGUCAAACCAGAAAACUUCCUUAUUGGCCGGCAAGGCAAUAAGAAAGAGCACGUCAUUCACAUCAUAGACUUUGGAUUGGCGAAGGAGUACAUUGACCCGGAAACCAAAAAACACAUACCUUACAGGGAACACAAGAGCUUAACUGGAACGGCGAGAUACAUGUCCAUCAACACUCACCUUGGCAAAGAGCAAAGUCGUCGAGAUGACUUGGAAGCCCUCGGCCAUAUGUUUAUGUAUUUCCUCCGAGGCAGUCUGCCCUGGCAAGGAUUGAAGGCUGACACCUUAAAAGAGAGGUAUCAGAAGAUUGGGGACACAAAGAGAAACACUCCAGUUGAAGUUCUCUGUGAGAACUUUCCAGAGGAGAUGGCCACAUACCUCCGUUACGUUCGGCGAUUAGACUUCUUUGAGAGACCAGACUACGAUUAUUUACGAACCAUCUUCACAGAGCUGUUUGAAAAGAAAGGCUACACCUUUGAUUAUGCCUAUGACUGGGUCGGCAGACCUAUUCCUACUCCAGUGGGAUCUGUUCACGUAGAUUCUGGGACGUCCGCAGUAACAAGAGACAGUCACAUGCAUAGGGAUCGACCAUCGCAGCAGGCCCUUCGCAAUCAGGCAUCAUCAGAUCGCCGAGGGGAGUGGGAGAUCCAGCCAAGCCGGCAGACGAAUACCUCGUACUUGACAUCUCAUUUGGCUGCAGAUCGGCACGGAGGAUCAGUACAGGUGGUUAGCUCGACCAAUGGGGAGCUGAACGUGGAUGACCCGACGGGGGCACACUCCAACGCUCCAAUAACAGCGCAGGCGGAGGUGGAGGUGGUGGAAGAAGCUAACUGCCUGAAAAUGCUCAACUUGUGGUGCUGCUGCUUCUUUAAGAGGAAACGGAAGAAGACAGCUCAGCGUCACAAGUGACCGGUGCCUCCUGGGCCUUGCAGGAACCACCAUACCUGCAGCUCCUGCCCUGUCUCACUGGAAGGGGCUUCUCUUUAGGGGGGAGGAGGAGGAGGCAUAGGAGGAAGAAAGAAAAAAGAAAA